GCUGCAUCUUCUUCCUCUUGGCGGUCCGCGCGAGCCCAGCCUCCAGUCCUCCCCGGCCGCCGUGCUGCCGCCGGCCGCCGGUCCCAACCUUCCCGGGCUCCGCUCCGCCCAACCCUCAAACCUAGCCCCGCCACUGUAAGAAAGCACAGAUAAAUUCCGAUUUCCUUCCUUACAUUCUACAGUUCUAUCCAGGAGCGGAUAGGGGUGCUAUGCUUCGCCUUGGCCUCCAUCCUUGCCCACGCCUCUCUCCGCCGCCAUAUCACCCCACCCUCCCCCGCCGGUUUGCCGCCUCUCCGCUCCCGAAGCUCCCCUUUCCAUCCGCCGUCACCGCGCUCCGAGCUCGAAACCCUCCGCUUCAGGCCGCCGUCAGCGGAGCCGCCUCCGGAGAGGAACGGCGGGGCGCGGAUGAGGACGAGGAAGGCGCGGACCUGCACGAGGCGCUCACCAAGACGCGGCGGCUCGUCGAGUGCGCCAUGUUCGCAUCCGUUGCUGGUCUCGCCUACUUCCUCAGCAACUCCCUCGCCAUCGAGAAUUACUUCAGCUGCUUUUUUCCAUUGCCAAUACUCAUCUCCUCAUUAAGAUGGGGAUUAGAAGCCGGCAGGAAGACUAUGGUGGCUACUGUUUUACUGCUCUUCACAUUGUCUGGCCCUGUCAAAGCGUUAACUUAUCUGCUUAUGCAUGGAGUAGUUGGUCUAUCCAUGGGUACUAUGUGGAGGUUGGAGACCAAUUGGAUUGCUUCCAUCAUAAUCUGUGCAAUUAUCCGUGCAGUGGGAGCUUGUGGAUAUGUGUUGGUUACAUCGUUCCUGAUACGAGAAAAUAUUUUUCAAUUGAUAACUGUUAACAUACAUGCCUCCUUGACGUACAUUCUGGCGGCGGCUGGUGUGAACACGAUUCCAUCCAUGGAUGCAAUAUAUGUUAUCUUUGGGACACUGGUUCUACUUAAUUCUGGAUUCUUUGUCUUCAUACUGCAUAUAAUUUACACAAUCUUCCUGACCAAGCUUGGAAUCAAGCCUUCACUUAGACUUCCACGAUGGCUGGGCAAAGCAACAUCUAGUUGAUAGGUAGAAUGCGACCAUGGUAAUUUGUAGUUGGAGGUUUGCACCCUGACUGAAUUUGCAGCAUUUUAGUGUUACAAAUGCUCCCCCAUUACCCGAUGCAUGCCGGGAUGGCAAUCGUGGCCUUUGAAAUAUGAGCAUUAUUGUCCGGCUCGUUGGUACAUGAUUGUGGUUUUCCCGACAAGAUUUUUGUUGAUUGCAAUUCUGCAUUGGUGCCAUUGACUGAUCAACAAGUGCUGUAGAAUUUUUUA